GGCCUGCGCCGCGGUGCAGGCGCUCGCCCGAUCCCCAACGGGCCCGCGGUCCCGGAGCCUCGGGCCGGCGCUGCCAACGGCAUCAAGGGCUCUGCGUCUGAGCCAGGCGAGUGGAAGCCAAAGGUGGAGUCGGGGGAACCUCCUGCCCACCCGCCCCCCUGCCCCGGGACCCCCAGUGCCACUUCAGCUGAGCCCCUCGCCCUGCACAGCCCUGCCAGUGCCACUCCCAGCCAGCGCCAGUGGGUCUCCGGGGCCACCAGCGCCAACGACUCCUUUGAAGUACGGCCAGCCCCCAAGCCAGACAUGGACACAAUCCCUGCUGGGGACUUGCAGGCCCGGGCCCUGGCCAGCCUCCGCGUGAACUCCCGCAACUCCUUCGUGUUCAUCCCCAAGCACAAGGCUUCCGGGGCCCCUCCCCAAGGGACCUCCCAGCACCCGGAGCAUGGAGCCCAGCUGGUGCCUGGAGUGAGCAGUGUGCCUGUCCCUGGGAGGGGCCCCUUGGAGGUGGAGGGGGGUGCCUGCCCCAGGCCAGCUACUGCCCUCCUGGACCGGGCCAUUAGGUGGCAGAGGCCAUCCUCACCACCCCCUUCCCUGCCGGCUGCCACGGAAGCUGAGCCUGCCCAGGGCUUCAGGGUUCCCAGCUUGGCCAAGAAUGGUGGGGAGCCUGGGAGGCCAGGGCUACCUGUCACCUUCAUCGAUGAAGUGGACUCGGAGGACGAAGUCCCCCAAGAAGCCAAACUGCCCUGCCCGGGGGCCGAUGCGCCUCUCUGGUACCACCCAUCAGAGCUCCAGCACCGAGGCAGCAACACCUUCACGGUGGUGCCCAAGAGGAAGCCAGGCGUCCUGCAGGCCGAUGGAGAGCCCAGACCACAGGAGGCUGAGGACGUGGAGGUGGGCAGCCUCUCUGAGCCCCCUGCUGACCUGGGGGACACCCUGAAGAAGCGCUACCCGACUGUGCAUGAGAUCGAAGUGAUUGGCGGCUACUUGGCCCUGCAGAAAUCCUGCCUCACCAAGGCUGGCUCCUCGAGGAAGAAGAUGAAGAUUUCCUUUAACGACAAGAGCCUGCACACCACCUUCGAAUACCCCUCCGAGAGCUCCCUGGUGCAGGAGGCCGAGGCCGAGGCCGGGUCGGAGUCUGAGGCAGAGGCCCAGGUGGAGGGGGAUGCGGAGGAAGAGGAGGAGGGGCCCAGCCUGAAUGGGGUGGCGGAGCAGCCCUUCAUGCUCUUCCUGCCCCGGGCCACCUUCGUGAGCAGCGUGGCGCCCGAGAGCCCUCGGCUGCCAGACAGCCGCUCAGGCCUGUCCAGCUACACUCCAAAGCACUCCGUGGCCUUCAGCAAGUGGCCGGAGCAGACGCUGGAGCCAGCUCCAAAUGAGGUGGAGCCUGCACAGAAGGAGGUCAUGCUCACCCCCGCCAGUCCCAAGGACCUCUCGGACUUCCGCAGUGAGCCAGCCCUCUACUUCUGACUGCAGCCCUGCCAGGACAACCGACCUCUGCCCUGCCAGACUCAGGCCCCAUAACCCAUCCUCCCUCCCUCCCUCGGGCCUCAAAAUCGGGCUGGUGUUCGGGCCCCAAGCCCGGGGCACCUGGAGCGCUGUCCCUUGGGGCCAUCUGGGUCUCCCUCUCCAGCUCUGGUUGGGAGGCACCGCUUGUGGAGGGACAGAGUCCUGCUGGAUGCCAUCCCCAGCACCUGUCGAGCGUGUCCAGAGUGAGGGACUGGCUCGGCAGCCUGUCUGUCCUCUGCGGGCCUGCAACCCCUCCCAGACACCCGCCCCUGUCUGAGCUCAGCCUGCCCCCUUUGUGAUGAAUGGGUCUUUUCUGACGACGGACUCAAUAAACAGCACUGGACGAA